UAAAGUAGUUUUUGUUACAGUGUUGAUUUGUUUUUUAUGACAAUAAGGAGUCAUAGUUCAGCAGCAGGCUCAUCAAUCAUAUAAUCUUCUGUCUGGAAUUCGACCGCAAAUGGCAAAUCAAUUAAUUUAAACAACGGUCAUAAACGUACAGCCGUGAUUGAAUAGAAUUCAAGAAACCAAGAGACGACAAAAGCUAAUUGCUAGAAGGACCUACGGUAGCUGUAAGUUUGCUUCGGGUAAAAGUCUAUUUUCAUUUUCAAGAUUGAAAGCGACUGUGAAAUUGAAAGUACUCCCUCUUUAAAAAGAAAGCGAUAUAAAGAAAGAUCUUCCUUUCUUGAGGAUCCAUUUUCUGAGUGAAUGAGAUGGCUGUUCUCCUAGAAUUGGCAACAAGCAACCAAAGAAUGUUGUUUGGGUUGUUGCUGGGACUUCUGUGCUUUCUACAAGUAGACGGCUUUCCCGUUUCAAGUUCAGGCUACGGUUUGGACAAUAAAUUCAAAGAUUACAUUCCAUCAACAUACACUACAGUUGGUGAAGAUGACGACAGACCUUACAAAAGUUUGUAUCUGUCGUUAAGAUACGGUUGGAGCGAUGAUGAAGAUAAUUCCAGUGGCUCGGGUUACAGUGGAGAAAACCUGGAACCUCAUGCGACCUGGGAAAAACAGGAUGAUCAGGUUUCGCAAGGUAGAACAAAAUACGAUGCUAAGACGAGCAAGGUUAAAUCAGGAGCAGCAAAAAGCGCUUAAGGAAAAGCUAUGGUGAUCAUUGGCAUAAAUGCACAUAUUGGAUAAAUAGAAACAAAAAUUCGUUCAAGACAAGUAGAAGUAGAAAUAUAGAUGUCUUAUUGACCUUACUUUGAAGCAGAAUAGAUUGCAAUUUGGAUUUUAAGAAGCAAAAACUUUUGUAGGUUCAGGUUUUGUUUGAAACAGAGGAGAAUAUUAUAGUAAAUUAGAGACAGGCAAGAUAAUGCGAAUGAGAAUCUUUGGAAACUCUUUUCCGUUUUUGCGAAUUAGUCUUUAAUGGUAAAGCAACUUGGAGCUGUCAAGAAUAUCAUUUGCGCAAAGCCGUUUUCUAGAAAUUUUGUUUUCUCUUUAACAUGACAUCACAAAUGAAAGGCGAUCGCUAAUUAAAAAUCCCUUUAGUUUUUAUGCAUGCUAAUGUUAUACUCUUCGAAAACAGCCACGGCGAAGAAAUUAUUUUCACAGCUCCUGGUAUGCCAUAACAAAAAUCCAGUAGUAUUUUAUAAAGAAACAAAACUAGACUUGUUGGUUGCAAAAUUUUUUAAAUUGCUCCGUUGGAAGCUCCAGUGGCCGGUACGGGUUAGUGGCAGAAUGAUUAAAUUGUAUCAGAUUAGGAGUAUGUAAUUCUAUUUUAUAAAGUACUAAUAUAAAAUAAUACAUUUGGAAGGAUGUAACAAUACUUGAUAAGAUAAAGAGAUGAUAAAGAUAAAGCCAAAGAAUACCUCAGCUUUUAAUAAAGACAGAAAACAAAAUAUACUGGACAAGAUGGUGAUAUGAUGCACGUUUCGAAUUCUGCUUUUUCAACCUAAAGCUAAGAAAUCCGUGGCACAAGGAUAUUUGAGCUACUUCACAAUCUUCAUUUAACUCACAAUUAAAAACGCUCAGGACACAAGCAAGUUUCAAAGAUUGCCUAAAUUAGGUUCAAUGACUAGAUGUGUUUCGCUUAAAGAUAAUAACAGUUAUUUUUCUAACUUUUUUUAGAGAGCUAAGUAUUAUUUUGCGCAAAGAUUAACUUUUAUAAUAAAAUAGUUAAGUACUGUUUUGGUUGCAUUGAGUUUUUUGUUCA